CGACAAUGAUUAAACCAGAAACGAUUCAUUCCAGCCUACUGCUCUCUUUUUGCCCCGCUCCCCUCAAGACCAAGAUUUCUCCUUGUCCUCCGCUCACUAGGCCAAGUCCCGAGCGAACGAACCCACGAGAAGUCAAAGAUCCAAGCAUGAACAGCAUACCUAAGGCUAGAUAGGUGGGGGGGAUGAUGAGGGGGCAAGAGAGAGAGGGAGAGAGAGAUCCAUUUCUUGAUGUGUUGGCAACGCAUGCAUGCAUGCAUGCAUGCAUGGAGGGGGUAAAACCCGCCUAAAACCUCCCCCCUCCUCGCUCUUCUUUGCUACUGUGAUUUGUUGGUCAACCCCCUCUCCCCUCCCCCUUACUGCGUUGGCAAGUAUUGCAGAUUUUGGGGGAGGGAGGGGGGAUCGGAGCUGAAACCGAUCAGCUAAUUAUUGUGAUAGGUGGUUGAUUGGUGUGUAUGUCUGUGUGUGUGCGUAUUGCAACUUGC